AUGCCAUCUAGCAUCUACCUCGCUGCCUCAGCCGCAGCCCUACUGGGCUUCGCGCAGAUCUCCCAGGCGCAGACGAACAUCACCUCUCACGCCUGUGCCUCCGGCUCGGAAUACACCUCCUGCAACCGCAAGGUAGCAGAUGACUGGAGCUCCUGCAUCCGCAACUGCAACGGUAAUGGGAACUGUAUCGUCGAUUGCGGAUGUAUUUCUCACCAGGCCUAUAUCAACUGUAUGGCGCAGACAUGCUGGAACCAGGUCUACUCAUGCGAAUACCAACUCUUCGUCCAACAAUACUUCGCCAUCUGCCCCAGCGCCUCCGAACCGAUCCCCUUCUGGCCAGCCCCCGACAACGCCCCAAACCGCUGCUCCUGCGAUCUAGGCAAAGUCAUCCAGUCCACCCUCACAGCCCGCAAUGAACAAAUCUCCUGCAUCAAGAACGUCACCAGUCAAACCCUAGACAAAAUCCCCAGCGAUCUGGGCGAUCUCUCAAACCUGCCCAAUGGUCUCAGACAUCGGCAAGCAAGCUUCCGACUGCGCCUGCUGCGGCGCCAGCGCCACUCCUGGGAGGUAUGCCCAAACACGGAACCAACCCUCGCAGGCGCCGACCUCUGGCCCCUAUUCUUCCCCUCCGACCUACCAAACCUGUACACCUCAGUUCCAAACUGGGCCUGGUCAAGCUGUGACUCAACCCUCAAGGACACAGACUGCAAGAAAAUCGGCUUCACAGACUCAUCAGACAAGUUCUACCGACCAGGCGACUUGCCGUCAAACGGGACGUCGACGCUGCGCAAUGUUGGCGGCACGGUGACCGCGCCGCCGAGCGGGACGGUCCUUACUUGGUCGCAGUCUUCGACUUCGUGGACUGUUACGGCGACUGGGUAUGAUCGCAAGGCGGUUUCUAGUCAGAGUGAGUAUCGGGCUACGGCUACGGGGACGGAUGUGUUUGAGACGCAGACUGGUACGAAUGUUGCGAAUGGAUAUGCUGCGACGCCUGUUGCGGCGAUGUUUGCUGGUGUGGGUGUUGUUGGGGCUUUGAUGAUGUGA